AGCUAGCUAUCACACGAUCAAUCGACGAUUCUUGCCUCUUCCCGUAUACGGACCUCUGUGGACCUUUAGUCCCAGCAUCUCACACGGCUUGAGGCUCGACAGAGUCUUAUCUAGAGUUGAUCUCGUCUAUCCUCCAAGGUCUUCAGAUCUCAACCCUCGAUCUUGAUCCGGGACCGAACUCGGGUGUACAAUCAGCAUGCAAUCCGAUCGACCCAAACCCACAAGAGACAGAGAUCCUCGGCGGAGAGAACAUGUCACCUCCACCGCCGCAACUGACAUCGCUACGGGGGACGUUGAAGAUGCAGACGGGAGUCGAGACGGGGGAGGGGGGAGGGAGAGGAUUGGGAAUUAUGUGAUUGGAAAGGAGAUUGGGAGGGGAAGCUUUGCGACGGUUUAUAAAGGGUAUCGAAGCCGCUCGAAACAACCCAUCGCGAUCAAGGCCGUCUCUCGCUCAAAGCUGACCGCAAAGUUGCUCGAGAACCUCGAAGGCGAGAUUUCAAUCUUGAAGGCGAUCAGUCAUCGGCACGUCGUCGAAUUGGAGGAUUGUAUCAAGAACGAUCAUCACAUCUACUUGAUCAUGGCGUUUAGUUCCGGAGGAGACCUCUCGAUCUAUAUCAAGAAACGAGGUCGAUUGCCGACGCUCGAUUUCCCGCGCUUAUUGCCUGAUGGGACCAAGGGGGAGAUGGGGUACUGGCCUCAUCCAGAUGAAGGAGGACUGGAUGCGGCGGUGACGAGGUGUUUCUUGGGUCAAUUAACCGAAGCGAUCAAUUUCUUGAGAGCUAGGAAUCUCAUUCAUCGGGAUAUCAAGCCGCAGAAUCUCUUGCUCCACCCCCCGACCGACGAGGAAUACGCUCAAGGUCAUCCCUAUGGCAUUCCCGUGCUCAAGGUCGCUGACUUUGGGUUCGCGAGGAUCCUUCCAGCAGCGACCAUGGCCGAGACCCUCUGUGGAUCGCCCUUGUACAUGGCUCCCGAGAUCCUCAGGUACGAAAAGUACGAUGCCAAGGUCGACCUCUGGUCCAUCGGGGCGGUUCUGUUUGAAAUGGCUGUAGGGAAGCCACCUUUCCGGGCGCAAAACCACGUCGAGCUUUUGAGACGGAUCGAGAAGGGAGAGGACCGGAUCAAGUUUCCCGACGAGAGGCUACCGAACGAAUUGAAACAGGGAGAGGCGAUCGGGCCGCCUGUGGAUGGGGACAUCAAGGACUUGAUCAGGAGAUUGCUCAAGAAGAAUCCGGAAAAUAGGAUGCCUUUCGGAGAUUUGUUCGCCAGUCGGGUGUGGGAAGGGUACUUGACGACCGCAGCCGCGACCUCGGCAACCAGUCGGGAAGAGGCUGAAGCGACGGCUCCUCUCACACGGCAAGAUUCUAGAUCAAGGCGGAGGUCUGCCGAUCUCGCCCCUUCACGAGAUCGUCGUCGACCGUCAGAACCCCGGUAUUAUGUCGCUUCGGAUGUGUCUCCACCGAUCCAGAUACCGGAACAACCCACCUCGCGAGCAAGACAAUCGUCUGGAGGGGAUCUGGUUCGACCGACCGACAUCUCUCCUCCUGCUGCACCGCAACCAGCUCGCGCUCAGCCCGUUACCAUCGGUGCCCCUCAGUCGGAUCAAGGCGCGGCUAUGGUCAGACGGCCGUCCAGUUCGUCAGCUCGGAGGUAUAGCACGCUCGGCCGGGGCAACUCAUACAGACCACCCGAACGGACCACCCCAGACUCGGUUUCUCCGGUCAGUCAGGAAGUUGCGAUCGCUCCCGCUUCCGAUCGACCGCCAAGUAGGGCUUCUAUCGAUCGGCCCAGCGAUGCGGCAAGACCGGCCAGCGCCCACGGGAAUAUGCAAGAGUCUGAAUAUGUGGUCGUCGAGAAGAAGACGGUUGAGGUCAAUGCCUUGGCGGAUGAACUCGAUGCCGCGGCCAAGCGGCCUGAUGGACUGGUUCGCCGGAGAAGCUCUCGAGGCGGCGUCCUCGGUCGGCCCGUUUCGGCAUUGACGAGUUUCGCGUCUCAAGGUGGUCUAGGAUCUUCGCCGACAUCUUACUCGCCACCGUUUGCGCUCUCGACGACGCCGCCUUUUGCUCUUCCCCCAGGGUCCCAUCAUCGUGCGCCAUCGUUGCAAUCGCUAUCAUCGUCACCUAAUAUCCCCACUCGAUCGCGACCGAUGCUCGUGCCGAGCCCCACAAGCAAUGCCGUGACGACCUAUGGAGGCGGAAUGACCUACCAUCAGACAGCUCAUGAGGCGGUCUUUGCCGAGUCGCCUCCACCCGGAUCGUCAGCUUGGGCUAGAGCGAUGGGUAUCGCCGGAAUGAAACUCUUAGGUAGCCCUGUCAACGCGCUCGGCCAUCUGUCGAGACGCCCAUGGCGCCAGACUAGGCUGUCCUUGACGUACAAGGAAGAAGACCCGGCAGAAGAGCUUCUGAUGGGCAAACUCGAAGAUCUGGCCCAGAAAGCCCACGCUCUAUACGAGUUUGCAGAUUCGAAGCUGGCGCAGUGCAUGUUUCCGCCCAAGAUGUCGCCUUCGGGAGCGCUGUCGGGAGGUCCGGGAUUAGGCCUCUCGCCCAACUCUCACUCGUACUUUAACAACAAUCAGCACUCUGCGAUGAGUCGGCGCCGUUCGUCUUCUGCCUCGACCUCGUCGACCGAUAUCAAUAUCGCCAGGAUGGAGACGAUGUGUGCCGAAGCCACGGUGCUCUACCUGAAAUCGCUGGCUUUCCUGCAGAAUGGGGUUGAACAAGCCAAGCAGCAUUGGGACAGGCAGGCAGCUGCACACGACGUAGUCAAGACUAGUGUCGAGUUUAACGAGACCAUUCAAUGGUUCCGCCAUCGUUUCAACGACUGCUUUGACAAGGCAGAGUGGACCAAGUCUCGCUCGCCGGAAGAAAUGCCGGAAUCAGCUUCGUAUGCAGAGAAGCUAAUCUAUGACAAGGCUAUCGAGCUGUCACGAGCGGCAGCCGUAACCGAGCUGGUCGGUGAAGACCUCUUCUCCGCAGAGAACGCAUACGAGACGGCCCUCUGGCUGCUGUACGCCAUUGUGGAUCCACUCUUGCACGAUGGUUUGGAGAUUGGUGAUGCAGACCGACAUAUGGUUGAGAAUGUGAUCACCUCGAUAAGAACCCGUCUAGAUGCUUUGAAAAGAAAGCUCCUACAAGCGCACCAAGCUAUGCCAGCCAAUUAGUAAGGUCGCCUUGCAGAACAUGUAAAAACAGUCCUGGACCGCAUAGAGAGAACGAAAUUACGUCAAGCAAAUCAUUGUAAGAAUCCCC